AUGGCAGAACUAGGCGAAACAUUGCAUGGACUAGAAGCGGAUGGUCGCCAGACCGAGUCGUCUCCCGGAGCAGGCCGGGUUUCAAAGCUCCAUCCGCACAAGCCCGAGUCCGAGUUUGUGAACCCUGGUAGGACUCGUGGUACACACCUGACACCGCCCUCAUCAGCAAAGGCGACUGCCAUCCCAUCGCCAUCCCAGGGCAUCCUUCUCGAGUCCAGGCCCAAGCCUCGGGGCCAGUUCGUGUCUGGAGUGUUUGGUGUCUGGAUGUGCCACGUCGGACUCGGGCGUCCCAAUUUCUCAGCGGCCAGCGCCAAAGAUGACCGAUCACAAACCGUGUUGAAAGGCGUCGCUUCCUCUCAGACCGGACCCUCGACGGGUGUCAUGCCAAAGGCAGUUACCGAAGGAGUAGAUCUAGGCAUCGACACGGCCGCUGGUCGUUUCUCAGGGUCUGUAGCCCCAAGCUGUGGCGGGGGCGACGACAGGCGGAACAAACUAUGUCAGUUCACUGCGGUGCAGGACAAGCGCAGCACAGGUGCAGCAGCAGGCAUCGAUAACAGAGCAGCACGGCACAAGCUGUCAUUGAUGCUGUGUCUCGUCAGAUGGCUGCGACGUGCCUGGCCACCGACCACCACCGGCUACUGGCCAGCACUGCACCGAUGCGGGCUGCAAGGUUGUGGAGAACAAGACGGGGGCCCUGGCGACUGGGGAGGGGGACAAAUCGCUUGCAUGGAAGCGAGCGAGAAUAGAGGGGGGGUGUGGAUGGGAUUCGCGUGGUAUCCGGACAAUCGCCAAAAGUUGACAUGGCCUGCUUGGCUGGCCUCGCGCAGCGGCGUGCCUUGGCCUGGCCAACUUCGGAGCGAGAAGGGGGAGGAGAGGUCAGGGCGACCUGCAAUUGCACCCUGCGUUGGCAAACGUGCAGUCACAGUUGUGGCCGUAGUCGGUGUUGACUGUGUCCCUUCAUCGGUCCACCUUGGCCAUCUUCGCCUUCGCCUUAGCUUACCGGACGGUCAGUGGCUAAGACCAGUGGAUUUGUAUGGCUUGUGCCCGGUCGGAGGGGUUGCGAGCGCAUAG